AUGGGGCCUACAGGACCGUCUCAGACAGGGAUUCCGUUAAAUGCAACAGCUUCCAAUGCUUGCUCUGAUGUUGGAUGGGCUCUUCGACCUGCUCGAUCGGCUCAAGCAGAAGAACUCCACAUCUAUCUUAUCUCAGUUCAUCUUCCGCUUGGUCCAUCUCCGGAUAUUCAUGUUUGGUGUAUUGAUUCAGAGGAGUUUGACCAGUUCUCAACCAAGAAGACUUGGGAGGCCCUGCGACAAAGAUCGUCUCUACAACCGUGGACAGAGCACGUCUGGUUUAAAGGUCAUAUCCCCCGCCAUGCAUUUAUCAUGUGGUUGAUGCACUUGGACAGGUUACCAACAAGAGACAGGCUCGCAAGAUGGGGAAUGCAACUCGAUCUAUGCGGCUGCUUAUGUGGAUCGCAUUUGGAAUCAAGAGACCACAUUUUCCUCCACUAUGAAAUCAGCGAGGUCCUUUGGAGCAAAGUCACCCAUCGGUUGGGCUAUUCUGCGUUCUCCUUCCACAUCUGGCUUGCGUUCUCAGUCUGGCAUGAUACCAAAGACUCCAUCUCCCCCCUCAGCCUCCGUCGUCUUGCUGCUCAGGCCACCCUCUACUCUCUUUGGCAGGAACGAAACAACAGAUAUCACAACAACAUCUCCACUGAUGCUAUUGUUCUCUUCAAGAAGCUAGAACGCCAAAUCCGGGAUGCCCUCCUAGCAAAGCAACACCGGAAGCAGUUCGCGCAUCUUCUCCAAACCUGGCUGGAUUAUGACUAG